AUGGGGGCCCGAGGCGCCGGCCCCGGGGGGGACGGCUACAACGAGGCGCUGCUGCACAAGACAAUCUUGGUUGGAGACAGUGGCGUGGGGAAGACAUCUCUUCUGGUCCAGUUUGACCAGGGCAAGUUCAUUCCUGGCUCCUUCUCUGCCACUGUGGGCAUUGGGUUUACGGUGAUGUUACUUGGAGACUCGGGCGUGGGGAAAACCUGCUUCCUGCUCCAGUUCAAAGACGGGGCCUUUCUCUCCGGGACAUUCAUAGCCACCGUGGGCAUAGAUUUCCGGAACAAAGUGGUGGCCGUGGAUGGUGUGAAGGUGAAGUUGCAGAUCUGGGACACAGCAGGACAGGAACGUUUCCGCAGCGUCACCCACGCCUACUACCGGGAUGCCCAAGCCCUGCUCCUGCUCUACGAUAUCACCAGCAAGAUGUCCUUUGACAACAUCCGUGCCUGGCUGACAGAGAUCCAUGAGUAUGCCCAGAAGGAUGUGGUCAUCAUGUUGCUGGGCAAUAAGGCUGAUGUGAGCAGUGAGAGGGCUGUGAGGACAGAGGAUGGAGCAUCACUGGCCAGGGAGUACGGAGUGCCUUUCAUGGAGACAAGUGCCAAGACAGGCAUGAACGUGGAGCUGGCCUUCCUGGCCAUUGCCAAGGAGCUGAAGCAGCGUGCGGUGCAGCCGCUGGAUGAGCCCCGCUUCCAGAUCCAUGAUUACAUUGAGUCACAGAAGAAGAAAUCCAGCUGCUGUGCCUUCUCCUGAGGGUGGCCCAGAGGAGCUGGCAGGCCUGGGGGCCCAGGCAGGAGGCAGAGUGGGGCCCAAUCCUGCCCUCAAGCACCGGAGGGAACCAAGCUCUGACAAGCCAAGGUGGAUGGGACAGUACAGUGAAGCAGAGUGCCUCAGGAGGCCCCUUGCCCUGGUGCCAGGAUUCAGAUCCUGCUGCCCUGCAGAGCAAUGACCUGUGUGCCACCGUGGGAAUCACUGUGAGGUGGUGACUGCCAGCCUGGCCAGCGAGCCAUGGUGAUCCAACACCUCCAUCACAUGAGCAGGGUUCAGGAUUCAGUCACACACCUCACUGAGGGACCCUUGGAGCAGCUGGAGGGUCUGUGCAAUGGAUGAGCCCCCCUGCAGCUCCCAGUCCUGUCCUCCCCUGCAGCUAUUCCUGCUCACAGUGCUGCUGUUGUCCAACUGGAAGAGCCUGGUCCAGCCCCUGCGUCCCUGGUGCUGCUAGGCUCUGGCUUCCCUCCAAGGAACCUCAGCUCAGCCCCACACCCCGAUGCCCACACUCAGCUGUGGCUCCUCAUUUCUGCAGUUGCUGCCAAUGGCUUUUAUCCUCCUGCCACCACAAAGCCCAUGAUGUCCCCAUUGUAUCCUGGCUCUGCUCAAGGGAAGGGCUGGGAUGGAGAAGGGUCUAGCCAAACCUGCUCCCUGCCCACACAGCUGGUGUGAGAAGUAAAAUUCCCCUGGGAGCAUCUCAGCAAUGCUUGGGGCACUUCUGGUACACACAGUAAUUAGGAAAA